CUACGUCACUUUUUACCAACGUCACCGGUUAUAAAUUGCAUUCAGCCACCGCGCGUGCGCGAAAAGCCAAGACGGCCAGUGUAUUCAAGAGAACCGAACGCAUCUAACCUAUAUCGGUGCCCAACGGUCGCGCGCGAAAUAAACUUUCGUAAUUCGGAAUUCGAACGGCGAUUAGUUUUUGAAUUUGGAAUUUUGUGCCAGUGUUUGAGUGCUGUUUUUGUUUGUUUUCAGUGAUUUUGGUUGGUUUGUGUUGUGCUGUUGGAGAGUCGUUGGAUUUUGAGAACCAAUGGCGACCUGACACACCCCCCCUUGCGCUGACCAUGCGCUAUGCGCUCGCUGAACGAGACAGCAUGCGCGGCGCUGCUGGAAGACGUGCGCUGGGACGAGCCUGCCAGCCUCGUCUCUCUUGCUGUGCUCGCGCUCAUCGACGUGCUCGUCAUUGCAGGCAACUGUCUGGUGAUCGCCGCUGUCCUGUGCUCGUCCAAACUGCGCAGUGUCACAAACUUGUUUAUCGUGUCAUUGGCGGUCGCCGAUCUUCUGGUCGGUGUAGCUGUGUUGCCGUUCUCUGCCACUAGGGAAGUUUUCGAGAUAUGGAUAUUCGGCGGUGUUUGGUGCUCUGUCUGGCUGGCCGUCGACGUGUGGAUGUGCACAGCCUCCAUACUGAACCUCUGCGCCAUCUCUCUCGACCGCUACGUGGCCGUCACCCGUCCCGUCAGCUACCCUAGCAUCAUGAGUAGAAAGAGAGCUAAGGCGCUGAUAGCUGGGCUGUGGGUGUUAUCGUUUGUCAUCUGUUUCCCGCCGCUGGUCGGAUGGAAGGAUAAGAAGCCUGAAGAAGCCGAGCUGAAAGACGGCUGGGCCCCCAACCCCCACUGCCCCUGGACUUGCGAGCUCACCAACGACGCCGGCUACGUCGUCUACUCCGCUCUCGGCUCCUUCUACAUCCCCAUGUUCGUAAUGCUGUUCUUCUAUUGGAGGAUUUAUAAGGCCGCUGUGAGGACUACCAAGGCGAUUAACCAAGGGUUUAGGACUACCAAAGGUAAAGGCAUGGGCAGCAGAUUUGACGACAACAGACUGACGCUACGGAUCCACAGAGGGCGGGGGUCCAGUCGGCCUCAUGGAUCUCCUCUGUCUACAGCCUCUAAUCAUUCUACGAGUACAUCGCUCAGUGCCAGCCCCGAGAGACUUAGAAGACAUUCCAGUGCCCGUCGAGCGCAUGAAAAAGUCAAAAUCUCUGUCUCCUACCCGUCGUCAGAGCAGAUCUGUCAGACGCACGAGAACUCCCGGUCUCCCAGUAGAUCCCCAAGCCCCUCGCUGUACGCUGUUCACUACGAGCGCGACGGCAGAGAAUUGACUGAAAGCAGACUGAGAGUCAGACCGCCACAUCAUUUGGCCCCGGGGCCGCUGUACGACGAGUUCGAUGACAAGCCUAGGGCCACGAGAAGAAUGGGGAAGAGGAAUAUAAAAGCUCAAGUGAAACGCUUCAAAAUGGAGACCAAAGCAGCCAAGACCCUCGGCAUCAUCGUCGGAGGCUUCGUCUUCUGCUGGCUCCCAUUCUUCAGCGUGUACGUCGUAAGGGCCUUCUGCGGGGACUGCGUGCCUUCCAUCAUCUUCUCCGUGCUGUUUUGGCUGGGUUACUGCAACUCGGCUAUUAAUCCGCUUAUUUAUGCACUGUUUUCUAAGGACUUUAGGUUCGCAUUCAAGCGUAUAAUCUGCAAGUGCUUCUGCGGGCGCGCGGGCGCGCGGCGGCAGUCGGACGGCUCCGCGCGGCGCGCCGAGCCCAAACCUCACGAGACUUCGCUAGAAGACCAGGAUAUCUCUAAUAGCGCGAGCAAUGACAGGUGACGUCAAACCCCGCGACGGCAAAACCCCCAAUUCCAGGCUACCGUCGCGUGUGUCUAGCAGGGACAGCGAGCCGUCACCUUCCUCCGAUAGCUUCUUACACCAACAUCAUUCCAGUGGAACGGCCUACUAAAAGCUUCCUUCAAGAGUCUCUUAGUGCCUCAGAUAAUUAACAAAGAACGAAGAUACCAUAAUUAAUGGUCAUAAGCUGCAAAAAUUCUUUGAGCUCUGAAAUUUUUAGGUAUUACAGAAAAGCUACGAAUUACUAAAAUACUUUUGGUAUUUGGCAAAACCGAAAUCAUAUAAAGGCUUAAAUCAGGACUCUAAAUUGCUGAAAAGCUGGACGUGUCAAUAAAACAGAGCCAUGUGAAAAAUUGAAAGCCCGAAUAACCAAUUAAGAACUACUUGGCUGUAGAAAUAUUGUUAUAAAUAUAUAAGCAGCAAAAACUUGUCCCGUGCCUCAAUAGUGAAUGCUGAAAAGAAAAAGUUAAAUUUGUGUUGGUGGUGUUGAUAAAAACCUGUACACAACUGAGUAUCAUAGUGAACCAAAAAAAGAAUUUCGAGACCUAGAAAACUCAAUUUAUUUCUGAUUUGAAGCCCCACAUAAAAAUUGUCUCAAGAAGCCAUAGGAAAAGCCAUUUUGAAGCAGCCAUAGAAUAUCAAUUUUAAUUUACGCAAGAUACACAGUUAUUUUAUAGAAAAGUCGAGAAAAGUAAUCGCAAAACGUAGCUUCUUCCACUUUUCAUAUGUGUUGAUCAAAAAUCGUGAAUUUAGACAAGUGGUUAAAUAUUAAACGAGUAAGAAAAUAAAUAAAUCGAGACUUCAUAAUCUAUCCUAUAUAAUAAAGAUUACCUAAGAUCUUGCAGAGUUGAUUAGAUGAGAUAAAGUCGAGUUGGAUUUAGGCUCUGAAUCAACAGGGACAAAAAGAGAGAGAGAUGCUAAAGAGCUUAUCUAAUUCUUCUAAAAUGGCCUUAAUUUACAAUAGUGAAUAUUAGUGAAGGUGAUGGACUCUUGUAUUGUACUAAAGACUGUUAUAGCUAUAAAAAUAUAUAAUGUAAAUAUUUAUUGUGUGUUUGUCGGAGGGACUAAUUGGCGUGUUAGAUUUUAAUGAAAGACAGGUGGCAUCCAUAUUGAAACUAUGUACAGUCAAGGAAUUUAAAUUCCGACCCAUUUCGUACUUUGUCACAGUGACAAUCAAUAUGAAAGCCGCUAGAGACCUCAUACGGUUGUCACUGUGACAAAGUACGAAAUGGGUCGGAAUUUAAAUUCCUUGACUGUACCUGUAAAGGACACGACAGCGCCGGCCACUCCAAGUGACGCAGCCAUUCGGUAGAAUGAGAUAGCAAUAUCACUUGCUCCCUCUAACACAAAAAUGCGCCCCUUGGAGUGGCCGGCGUUGGCCCAUCGUGUAGUGUAGAGGAGCCAUAAUGGAUCUGCAAAGAUAAAAAAGAAAACCUCGUGACUAAAUCGUUCGGCUGGCGGCCAUCUUAAAGCUUCUGUUUUUUUUUUAAAUUUUCCUAAGUACUUACCACUCUUGUUUGAACUGACAAACUUCCCUUCAGAAUGUUUUUUUUUUAAUUCUUUGCAGAUCAAUUUGGAAUAAAAUAGAUUAUAAACAAUUUAAGGAUAAUUUUACGGACUCGGUUCACUUCCAUAAUUUCAAUUAUAAUAUUUUACAAAAGUUUGAUACCUAAUACUUUUAGACGAUUCCCAAAAAGGAGCCAGUUAUGUUUCCAUGUUUUUUUAGUCUAGUUGUAAUUUUGAAACGUUAGUUUUAUUAAUAUACCUACCGGUUUGUUAGAUAAAAUAUAAAAAUAAAAUACUACACCCGUGAAGCCUAAAUAGAAUAUUUAGCAGAAUAAACAUUAAUUAGGUACCUAUAUAACGGCCUAUGAGUAACAAUUAAAAAGAUGGAGCCUGGCACAAAAUAGGUAAUAAAGAUGUUUAAUUUAUAUUUGCUUUGACUAUCCCGUCUAACUAGCUUUAAAUCUUUUACGUAUUUUUUUUAACUGCCUUUGCCUGAUGGCUCCUCUACACGAUGGGCCAACUCCGGCCACUCCACGGGACGCAGCCAUGCAGUAGAAUGAGAUAGCAAUAUCACUUGCUCCCUCUAACGCAUAAAUGCGUCCCUUGGAGUGGUCGGCUUUGGCCCAUCGUGAAGAGGAGCCAUGACACGAAUGUAUUCGCUUCGUGCGUGACUGUGGCGCCGCCCUAGUGGUUGUGGGAAAGAUAUGUUGCUUAUAGUUGUGUUUGCUCAGAGCAUAAAAAGGUCAACCACGGCGUUGCAUGAACAAGUGAUUUCCUUUGGCAGGAUUGGUCCUUAGGACCCAAGGAUGGAUUUAAGAAGUGGAGCCACCCAGAUUUUUGCUGCAGGUGGGGGUUGGGGGGGUUUUUAAGCGUCUGCGACGUCUGAGGUUAAUAAUUCUUUAAGUUUAGGUUCUAAGUCAAGUUUAGUAUCAUUUUCAACUAAAUCAAAGAUGUAGACAUAGAUUUCAUCGAAAUCAGUUCAGCGUUUAUUGAUUUCCCAUACAAUCCUACACCUUGCCUUUCAUUAUUAAGGUAUUUUUUUCGGAAUAGAAACUAUCCUAUGUUCUUCCUCGGGACUCAAACUAUCUCUAUACCAAAUUUUAUCUAAAUCGGUUCAGCGGUUAUUGAAUCUCCAUACAAAUUUCCUCCUCCCUUUUCACACCCUUAAGGGAUCAUUUUUGAGAUUAAAUUUUUGCUAUGUUAUUGAAUGAAAUUGGUUCAGCAGUUUAAGCGUGAAGAGGAAUUUAAAAAAAAGUAUUAUUUUCAUAUUUUAUGUAUUUUUACUUCGGAAUGGUGUCAUUAUGAUAUCAGAAAUAAAUUCGGCACCCCCGAUUUAUAAGAAAACGAUACCAAAUUUGGCCUAGUAGCUUAAAUGAUACAGAUAUCAAGAUGAAGUUGAGAGCCCCCCCCCCCUAAAAAUUUACAUCAUAAAUCUCGGUGGCUCCACUUCUUGAAUCCAUCCCUGGGUCCUAAGGACCAAUCCUGCCAAAGGAAAUAUCUUGUUCAUGCAACGCUGUACGUUAGCUCCAGCACCAUCCGCUAUUAUAAUAGGACAGGGCUGCAACCGCGAAAAUCGAAGUUCGCAAAUUGCAGGGAUCUUUCUCUUUUACUCCAAUGACGGCGUAAUUAGAGUGACAGAGAAAAAUCCCCGUAAUUUGCGAAUUUCGGUUUUCGCGGUAGCCCCUCAGUUAUGGCAAAUUCGAAAUAGUACAAGAAGAUGUCGUCCCAUUAACCUUUUAGACGCCAAUGACCGAUAUAUCCGCGCCGCGGAUUUCAACGCCAACGACCGAUUAAUCGGUCACAGACCACAGAGCAAUAUAGACUUACGUGCAUAUGCAUAAAGUUCAAUUUCAGUUUUGACACUUCGGUGACGGGGCGUCUGAGUGACAACUUUUGUGUUUGACACGGCGUCGAAAAGGUUAAUGUUCAUUUUUUCACCACCUCGUGCGUCGACGUCGCUUGUAUUUCCCCCAAAGAAUAUCCUCUAGCCGGCCAGAAACCUAUAAAAAGGUCUCCUGUUCCAUUCUAAUUUGAACUUUGUGUUGACACAAUAAAAUUUCAUUUUGCUUGGCAAGGUUUGACGUAUGGGCGGCUAGAGGUUAUAAUACUGAUUUCCCCGUCACCAACUUCGCAUAUAGCCAAUCAGAAACUGAGGGCCUACCGCGAACCACAUUCGAAGUCUUGCCUCUCUGUCGCACUUGUAAAUUCGUACGUAAAUGUGACACGGAGGCAACACGUCGAACGUGGUUCGCGGGAGGCCCUCUGAGCGGCUACCGCGAAAACCGAAAUUCACAAAUUGCGGGGAUCUUUCUCUUUUACACCAACGAAGGCGUAAUUGGAGUGACAGAGAAAAAUCCCCGCAAUUUGCGAACUUCGAUUUUCGCGGUUAUAGCCCGUGUUGAUAUUUCAAAAUGGAUGCCGCUCCUAAACUAGUCAAAGAUCUCGAUGUUCCUCGUAUUCGGUGUCUCGUCUCCUCGGUUAGAGUGUACCUGUACGUGAUUGUAUUUGUAACAUUAUGUAAAUACAAUAUAUGAGAUGUU